GUUUCUGCGCUGGAUGAUACACCAUUCACGCUAGAAUGGGUAGAUGUGAGCAGAAGGACAGAGCGAGGAAAAGAGCUGCCAAAAGCUGUUUCCUUGUACAAUUUUGUUUCAAAGAAACAGAGAAUACAAGCUCGGUCAGCCACAGCUAGCUCCUUGUUGGGACUAGUGCCAGCUAUUAUCUGCACUCGCCAUCUGGACACCACAGAGAUUGUCAGCAUGUAUGCAGAAGACCUACCCUCUCCAGAACUUGUUGACCAGGAGGUUACAAGGUGGAAGUUGAAGUUUGACAGAGUGCCUGAAUCACAGAGGCCAAACACCCCAGCAAGUUCCCUGAAAGAGUGUGACCGAGACAUGUACCCCAACCUGCACGUCCUGCUCCGGCUGGCCUGUACACUCCCUGUCACAUCCUGUGAGUGUGAGCGCAGUGCCAGUGCCCUUCGUCGCCUCAACAACUACAUGUGGGCGUCGAUGGGUAAGGAGCGUCUCUCUUCACUGGCACUGCUUCAUAUUCAUUACAGCAAGCACGUUGAACUUGACAGCGUUGUUGAUGUGUUUGCAAAGAAACAUGCAAGAAGGAUGGAGUUGGACUGUCUUCUUUAUCCAGAUUGAGAUGAUGGACUUUGAAUUGUAAAUAAAGGUUUUGCAAAACU